AUGGCAAUAUUCAUAUCCAGCUCCCCAGUCUCCUACGGACGCACCCACGCCUCAUCCACAGCGACCGACAUCAUUAACUUAGUUGAUGAGCCGCCGGCGACAUUUGAGUACACCAACGGAGUCAAACUCUUCAUCGAGGGGGAGUCCUUGAAGAAAAUAGCGGAAGCCAUGUCGCCAGCAGGGAUCCGGCCGGGGUAUAAGAGGGACUGA